AUGGAUGUCAACAACGCUUUCCUUCAUGGCGAUCUCGAAGAAGAAGUAUACAUGAAACUACUGCAUGGAUUUCGUCAUUCUCAUCCCAAUAAGGUUUGUCGUCUUCGCAAGUCAUUAUAUGGUAUCAAGCAAGCUCCCCGUUGCUGGUUUAAAAAGCUCUCUGAUGCGCUGCUUAAUUUUGGUUUUAUCCAGUCCUAUGAUGACUACUCAUUGUUCUGCUACAGUCGCAAAGGAAUACAGCUGUGUGUGUUGAUAUAUGUUGACGAUUUGCUUAUCAGUGGUAACGAUAGUCGUAUGGUACAAAAGUUCAAAGAAUAUUUGAGUAAGUGUUUCUCUAUGAAAGAUCUGGGAAAACUCAAAUACUUCCUUGGUAUCGAAGUAAGUCGUGGUCUAGAAGGUAUAUUUCUCUCUCAGCGUAAGUACACUUUGGACAUUAUUGCCGACACAGGAAACCUUGGCUGCAAGCCGGCGGCUACUCCUCUCGAACAGAAUCAUCAACUCGGCAAGGUUGAGAGUCCCGUCUUGGCUGAUCCGCGCAAGUAUAGGAGGCUUGUCGGCAGGUUAUUGUAUCUUCUCCAUACCAGACCCGAGUUGAGUUAUUCGGUUCAUGUUCUCUCUCAGUAUAUGCAGACGCCCAAAGAAGCUCAUUGGGAAGCUGCGCAACGAGUAGUGUGUUUUUUAAAGAAUUCUCAUGGCCAAGGAAUCAUGUUAAGCUCGUCUCAAGAUAUGUCCCUCACCAUUUACUGUGACUCCGAUUGGUCUUCUUGUUGCAAAACCCGUCUUUCUCUCAGUGCCUUUGUUGUUUUACUUGGUGAUUCUCCGAUAUGUUGGAAGACGAAGAAGCAAGAUACAGUAUCCCAUUCUUCCGCAGAAGCUGAAUAUCGAGCUAUGUCUGAUGCUCUCAAAGAAGUUAACUUUUUACGUAAACUGUUGCAUGGAUUCGAUGUCAAACAGGUUCCUACUCGCUUCUUCUGUGAUAGUAAAGCAGCUAUCUACAUUGCUACAAAUCCAGUCUUCCAUGAACGUACCAAGCACAUUGAUAAUGAUUGUCAUGCGGUUCGAGACGCUAUAAAAGCUGGUCUUAUUAAUCUCCGUCACAUACGUACCAAGGAGUAG